AUGGUGAACGAGAUAAGCCCAAGAACCCUCGUGCUGUUGGCGGUAACCUGUUCGCUGCUGGUGCUCUACUUCUCAACGCGAGAGAGGCAACCGGUCAUGCCGCGAGAGCUCCCGGUAGUCAAAGCAAAGAGUUAUCACUUUGAAGAUAUAAUCGUCGAAGGCAGAAAAAAGUAUCCGGACAGACCUUAUCUCGCCGUGAACAAUCGACACAGCUUCGUUGUCUAUCCGCCAAGCUGCUUUGACGAGAUUAAACGCCUUCCAGAGCACAGCGCAUCAGCGAAAGAUUUCUUCCACACGAUGAAUGCAGGAGAUUGGACAUACGUUGGCCACGAGACCACGCCCCUUCUGAAGACAAUCAUCGCAGACCUCACCCGUGUCAUCCCUGCGCGUGUGAACAAGCGGCAACAGGACACCCGCAUGGCGUUUGAAUCGAUUGUGGGAUACGCUCCAGAGUGGAAAGAAAUUGGGUUGCUGAUGACCACGUUCGAAAUUGUCGCCAAGAUCAACGCCUGUGCUUUUGUUGGGAGAGAGCUUGGGACGAACAACAAAUGGGUAAAAGCGGUGAUGCAGUCGCCUCUGGUCAUUCAUGUUGCAGUGCUGAUCAUGAACGCGUGUCCUGCUCUGCUCCGGCCACUCCUGGCGCCCCUGGCCUUCCUGCCCACGAAAAUGAACCAAUGGGAUAUGCGCCGGCUGCUGACUCCCAUGUUGCAGGAGGAUAUGGCGAUAUUCAAAGAGACCAAGGAUCGAUCUGAAUUGUUGCGUCCAAAGCAGAAUGGAAAGAUCCCUUUGACAGCGAUGUUGCUAUCGCGGUACAAGCAAGGCGAGGCCACUAUUAGGCAGCUGAUCGUGGACUAUAUCCUCAUCAGCUUCGACUCGACGCCAUCGACCGCGUCGGCGCUCUAUCAUGUCAUUUGCGAGCUCGCGGCACACCCGGAGGCGGCAGAUGUCUUGCGCCAGGAGCUCGAUGAAGUUAUGGUAGAUGGAAAGCUUCCUCAGACGCAUUUGCAGGAGCUCAAGAGAAUGGACAGCUUUCUGCGCGAGUCCUUUCGUUUACACCCCGUCAGCUUGUUCAGUCUUCAGCGUGUCCUGGCUAAGCCCGUGAAGCUGAGUGUCGGCCCCACGAUUCCUGCCGGAGCCAUCAUCGCCGUGGAUGCAGCGGCCAUCAAUCGCUCUCCCAGUCUCUGGAAGGACCCGGACGAAUUCGAUAUGAAUCGAUUCCAUGACUUGCGCCAGGUACCGGGAAAUGAGAACAAGUUCCACCUGCUGAACACUGGCUCGGAUUCUCCAGGAUGGGGGGAUGGCACGCAAGCCUGCCCUGGCCGCUUUUUCGCAAAUAGCACUCUGAAGAUUGCAUUCGCAUAUAUUCUUCAAAACUAUGAUGUUAAGAGGAAGGAGGGAUCUUCUCCACCCAAGAUGACUCCGUUGGCUAAUGGGACAUGGGCACCGGACGAUAAAGCAGCGGCUCUGUUCAAGUCUCGAAACUAA